CACGAAUCCUUCUCGCCAAUUUCCGCGAUGUCUGUGGUGGGUGCAGGCUUGACCAACCUAGUGACAGUCCCGGGGAAUGAGGGUUUGUCUGGAGGUAAAGACCCGAAAGAAGUUGAGAGAACGGAAGAGGAAAAACUGAAAAAGAAAUACCCAGGCCUCGAGACCAAGGCCUCCGCAUUGUUGCAGAGGCGACUUAGUAAAAAUGCCAAAUACUUCGACUCCGGCGAUUACAAUAUGGCCAAAACUCAUACAGGCAACCAGGAUUUGACGAACAAUGCACGAGAAGUUCUGACGGGACAGACAAUCCCGAAUCCAGAAAACAUUCCAACGUUGAGGAAUAAGACCGGUGUGAAUCUUAGAUACAGGUCUACGUGUGAUGAGCCACGACCGUCAACUGAAACUGUCAAACCCGUGUGUGCACGGAUAUCCAUCUCGAACGCACCUCACUCGCUACUCCCAUCUGCAAAUUCAUCCCAGUUUCCCACCGACCCAUCUGCAAAUGAAUAAUUGAGUGCGUCAUAUGAAGUUGGAUCUGUUUGCUCAGCAAAAAGCUACCAAAAGAGACGAUUUUAAUGUUAUUUUUAAUUCUUAUUUUAUUCUUCAUAGUGCCGGUUGUUCAACCCUUAUUGUCCUGAUUAGUAUCGGGGCAGUUUUGUCCGAAUGCCGCUAUUCAGGAUGAUUGUAGACAAUAUGAUGAAAAGCUACCUUUAAACACAGA